AUGGAAAAAUGUUUAUCUCGAUUUGAAGAUUUACCAAAUGAAUUAAUCAUUGAUAUAUGUAAAUAUUUGAAUGCACGUGAAAUUUUUCAAUCAUUUUAUAAUAUUAAUUAUCGUUUUAAAAUACUUGUUGAAUCUUUUGAUAAUUUACAACUUACAAUUUCAUUAUUUGAUUCAAAUGAAAAAAAGAAUUAUGAAAAAUUUUUUCUUUAUAUUCAAAUAUUAAUUAUUGAUCGUGGAAUUAAUAUAGAUCUUAAACAUUUUAAAAAACUUCAUCGUCUUAUGUUACGUAAUCCAAACGAAAAAAUUUUUGAACAACUCAAUCAUUAUUCAUUACCUCAUAUUGAAUAUCUUUCAAUAAAUCAUAAAUUUUUAACAUCAACAAUUCAAUCUUUAAUUAAUAAUUUAUAUCAAAGAAUAUUUUCAAAUGAUUUUUCUAAUUUAAAAUUUUGUAAUCUAUCUGAAAUGAAAAUUGAAAUACCAAUAGAAAAUUGGCAACAAUCAUUAUCAUUAAAUAUAUUAAAAGUUGGAGAAAUUAAUAUAUUUAUUUAUAGAGCUAUUCUUUCAACAUGUCCAAAUUUAUAUUUUUUUGAAUUAAAAAAACUUCAACAUAAUGAAUUAUUAUUAAAUAUAAAAUUACAUUUUAAUUUAAAACAAUUAAUUAUUAAAGAUAAAGAUCAAUCAUUUCCUUGGAAUGAUAGAUUUAUUAAUGAUUAUCUUAUAUGUGUACCAAAUCUUGAAAAUUUAACAAUUCAUCGUAUAAAUUUCUUUAAAAAAAUAGAACAAUAUUUAAAUUAUGAUUGGUUUUCAUCGAAAAUUAUUCAUUGUUUAUAUUUACUUCGUCAAUUUAAUUUUAUUCUACAUAUUUAUGAUAGUAAACGAUUAACUAAAUGUUAUAGAGAAAAUAUUUUUUGUGCUUUAAAAGAACAUUUUCUAUAUUUACAUAAAGAUCGAUAUCAAGUUCGAAUUAAAUUUGUACAAGAAUAG